UUAAAACGGCCGCCGUAUUAGCUGCAAAUGUGUUAGGUAUUUAUUGACUAUCGCGAUCAACUGUCAUUAAAACUAAGGAGUAUAGAUAUUCAUGAAAGCCCGAGUGGUCAUUGAUUCUGUGUUGUUUUAAUAUCUUGUAGGAUAAGAGGAGGUUAUCCUUCCUGACCAGCCUGGGACAAUAUGUUAAAAAGGGAGUUAGUGAAACAUCUGGUGAGCUGGUGCAGAACCAACAACCUGGUCCUGAAUGUCGACAAGACCAAGGAGAUCAUCGUCGACUUCAGGAAGCACCAUUCCAGCCACGCUCUAAUCUUCAUCAACGGCACAGCAGUGGAGAUGGUAAGCAGCACCAAGUUCCUGGGGGUGCAGAUAACUGACAAUAUGACCUGGUCCCUACACACCGGAUCUCUUGUAAAAAGAGCUCAGCAGCGCAUGCACUUUUUGCAUCGGCUGAAAAGAGCACAGCUCCCUCCCUCCAUUCUCACCACAUUCUACAGAGGCACUAUAGAGAGCCUACUGACCAACUGCAUCUAUGUCUGGACUGGAGCCUGCACUGCCUCAGACUGGAAGUCUCUGCAGAGAGUGUUGAGGACGGCGGAAAAGAUAAUCAGGACUCCUCUUCCUCCUAUCCGGGAAAUCGCAAAAAGCUGCUGCCUGACCAGGGCUCAGAAAAUCUGUAGAGACACCUCCCACCCCCACCAAGGACUGUUUUCACUGCUGGACUCUAGAAAGAGGUUCCGCAGCCUCCAUAGCAACAGCUUCUUCCCUCAGGCAAUAAGACUCUUGAAUGCAUCAUAAUAAUCCCCUCAAUUCCCCCCAAAAACGGAUUAACUCGCUGGAAUAUAAAGACAAUAUAACAUGCAUCCAUAAACGUGGAUGCAUAAGCAAAAGUGCAAUAUAUUUAUCUGUACAGUAAGCUAUUUAUUUAUAUCUGAACCUAAUUGCUCUUUUAUCCUGCACUACAACAAGCUAAUACAACAACAUUUCGUUCUUAUCUGUACUGUAAAGUUCAAAUUUCAAUGACAAUGAAAGGAAGUCUAAGUCUGGUCUAAAAAUCUAAGUCUAGUCUAAGGCUUAUUUAAACAGACGGAUCUCGAAAAUAAGCAGAGGACCUCUACCUAUAUUGCACAACAACAAGGUUUAAAAAGCCUGGUUAAAACCCAAUUUUAAGCAAGAUAUUUAAGCAGGGGGUCCUUCUCUACUUCAGUUUCAGGGUCCUUGGCCUGGAUAACAUUGAAUACUACUGGUUGAGAUGGUAUUGAUGUACAGACUUCAAUGGGUUUUGCUUGACUAUUCUCUUGCUCUCUUUUUUGUUGGAGUUUUUCC